UGUAGUUGUAUCGUUUUUUGCAAAAAUAGUAAAGUAGUAAUAUUAGGACGAAAAAACGCACAAAUGGAGCCCUAUGAUGUUGUAGUCAACCAGCCUGUUGUCAUAGAUAAUGGAUCCGGUGUUAUAAAGGCCGGGUUUGCUGGCGAGCACAUUCCAAAGUGCCGGUUUCCCAAUUACAUUGGGAGACCCAAGCACGUUCGAGUAAUGGCAGGCGCUUUAGAGGGCGACAUAUUCGUCGGACCCAAGGCAGAAGAACAUCGUGGAUUACUUAGUAUAAAGUACCCCAUGGAGCAUGGCAUAGUGACGGACUGGAAUGACAUGGAACGAAUAUGGAGUUAUAUCUAUAGUAAAGAACAAUUGGCCACGUUUACAGAAGAUCAUCCUGUGCUGCUGACAGAAGCACCGCUUAACCCCCGCAGAAACCGGGAGAAGGCGGCUGAGUUCUUCUUCGAAGGCAUUAACGCACCAGCCCUUUUUGUUUCCAUGCAAGCUGUACUUAGUCUUUACGCCACCGGUCGAGUGACAGGUGUUGUGCUUGAUUCUGGCGAUGGAGUAACGCAUGCGGUGCCAAUCUACGAAGGAUUUGCUAUGCCCCACAGUAUUAUGCGUGUUGAUAUAGCUGGUCGCGACGUAACGCGAUACUUAAAAACACUUUUACGCAGAGAAGGCUUCAACUUUCGAUCAACAGCUGAAUUUGAAAUUGUACGGUCGAUCAAGGAGAAGGUUUGCUAUCUGGCUACAAAUCCACAGAAAGAGGAGACUGUCGAGACGGAAAAGUUCCCAUAUAAAUUACCAGAUGGUAAAACAUUUGAGAUCGGACAGGCCCGUUUUCGAGCAGCAGAAGUUCUUUUUCGACCAGAUCUGCUGGGCGAGGAGUGUGAGGGCAUACAUGACGUGCUGAUGUACUCCAUCGAGAAGUCGGAUAUGGAUCUCAGAAAAAUGCUCUAUCAAAACAUUGUCCUCUCGGGCGGCUCAACCCUUUUUAAAGGUUUCGGGGAUCGCUUGUUGUCAGAACUCAGAAAACACUCUGCAAAGGAUCUUAAGAUCAGAAUUGCUGCGCCUCAGGAACGCCUUUAUUCCACGUGGAUGGGAGGCUCAAUUUUGGCAUCGCUGGACACCUUUAAAAAAAUGUGGAUAUCAAAGCGAGAAUACGAAGAAGAGGGUCAACGUGCCGUGCAUAGAAAGACUUUUUAGUUUCUUUAAAAUACAUACAUCUUCAAAAGCCUUAUUUAGAUUGCAAUCCAAUUAAAGUGUGCAUGCUUCAGCUAAUAUCAAGUACCCUAACUUGUACUCAUGUAUUUUAAAACAUACGCAUAAAAAAAUGAAAACUA